AUGGAAAACGCCAAUGGACUUGUUCGUGAUGAUGAUGGAAUCUGGAGAGACCAAGAGGUUCAUGUGUGCAAUGCGAGAGGCGAAAGGCUUGAUGGAGAUGGCAACCUCAUUCCACCAGCGCCUUUACCAGUGGAUGUUGUUGACCAGAAUCCACCACCUGCACCGCGUGGGAAUGCUGUGAUCGUUCCACAACAGAGGAACGUUCCAGAAGAUCGGAAUGUGAGGGAACCUUUACCUACAGCUGGUCGUGGACGAACACUUGGAGACUACAACAGGCCUGAGCAGUUCUAUGAAAAUCGUUCUGCGAUUCGCGCCCCUGCGUUUCAAAGAAACGAUUUUAAGCUGAAGCCUGUGUACUACACUCUUGUAGGUCAGCAUCCUUUCCAUGGCCACUCUCAUGAGCACCCUAUGGAUCACAUCGAAAGGUUUGAGGACUUGGUCACCAGCAUCAAAUACAAUGGAGUGUCCAACGAUUUCUUCCUCUGCAAGCUGUUUCCUUAUUCUCUAGCUGGAGAAGCGGCUAACGGGUUGAAGCAGUUGGAGCCAGGAUCACUCACCACUUGGGAAGAGACCAAGAAUGCUUUCCUGCACAAUUUUUUCGAUGAUGCUAGAUCUGAGGAGUUGAGGACGAAAAUCUCGACUUUCUCUCAGGAACCAACUGAAGCGUUCAAAGCUUCUUGGGUGCGAUUCAAAUCGUACCAGCGAGACUGUCCCCAUCAUGGCUUCAGCGAUGUGCAGUUGCUGGGUAUCUUUUUCAGAGGUAUCGACUGGAGCAAUAGCACCAAGAAUGCAGAUCUUGAGCGAAAGAAGCAAGCUGGGAACAUGGAUAGAUCGCAGAUCGCUGAGGUGAAAGCUAAACUUGACUCUGUGCACAGCCUUUUAGUGGGUAAGAAGUCUGUCAGAUUCGCACAGGAGGUGGAGAGUUUCGAACCUGAGGAUGAAGCUGAGGAAGAAGAUGUCAACUUUGUCAGUGGAUCAGGAUUUCAGGGUCAGAGGUUUGGUAAUCAGCAAGGUAACAUAAGCUACAGUGGGAAUUAUAGUGGGAAUAAUCAGAGGAGUACCUUCAACAGUAAUCAGAACUUCUCUGGUUACACGCCUAAGUCUCAGUACCAGAAGCCUUUUUCCAACAACAGUUUUUCCAGAAACUACAGCACUCCUUCAUCUCAACCUCAAAAUCCUGACAAUGAGAUGAAGUCUAUGCUGGAACAAAUUCUGGAAGGUCAGCAGAAGCUCACCGUGGACUUUAAUGGAAAGAUGGAUGCUCUCUACCUUGAUCUGAAUGGGAAAAUCGAAGCUUUGAACACUCAUGUCAAGCAGCUCGAUACGCAGGUAGCCCAAACUGCAGGUUCUGUUAAAAGGCAAGAGGGUUUUCUUCCUGGGAAGACUGACACCAAUCCGAGGCAUCACUGCAGUGCUAUCACGUUGAGGAGUGGUAAAAAUCUGAGUUCAGAGCCUAAAAAGACGCCUCCUGCACCUGAAGUCGUGGAUUUGGAAAACCCUGAAGAAGUUCCUGAGAUUGCAGAGCCGGUGUCGAGCGACCACACUACUAGUGUCGCGCGUCACCAAUUGCAGAGCGAAGCUGUUGAUGCUCCGAAUCCGAAAUCUGCAGAGGAGAAGGCCUACAAACCUAAAGUUCCUUACCCAAGGAGCCCUAGGAAGUCCAAGCAAGAGCUUGAUGAAGCACGAUGCAAGGCCCUGAUGGAAAAGCUUGUGAUUGAGAUUCCCUUGGUUGAUGCUGUAAAGAUCACUCCUGUUAUCAGACGUUAUGUGAAGCGAAUGGUGACUAAUAAUCUCAGUCAUGAAUAA